AAUUUGUCGCAAGUCAAAGAAACAACGGUACCGUUAAUUGGCAUCCUCUAGCUUACCAAAUGAAGAACUUAGAGGAAGGUUUACAUGGUAUCUAACUGACUAAGUUUUACAGUUUAUUGCCAGACUAAAAUAGAUUGUUUCAAGACAUUUAUAUCGAUAUUCUUCCGGGAAACAGAAGUUAUGACAAGGAGGUUCCGUAGAAGAUUUAAAAUUUUGAUCAUGUUAGUCAUUGCCGGCAUACUUGUGUACAUGAUCCACAGUUGGUACCUUGAUGAUGACCCACCACCAGAGGAAAAUUAUGUCACAACAAGAAAAACAUUGGAGCCUACACUUACUGUUGUCAUACAAGACUUUGAUCCAUUCCAUAACAAUAUGUAUAACACUGUUAAUUAUAUAGCAUCAAAUUUUACAUCUGUAAAAGUUCUUAUAAUUACUAAAACACUGCCUUAUCCACCAAUGAAAUUACCAAAAUUACCAAAUGUGAAGUUAGUUGUGUUACAUACCGACGUGAAGAGCAUAUUGAAUGACAGUAGACCAGAAUAUCAUAUUGACAGUAAUUUUGUGUUGUUUCUCCCAGAUGGUGCUAUAUUAGAUGAUUAUUUUAUGAAUAAGUUUAAGCACUUUGUUCUGAAGCACAAUUACAUGAAGUAUGAAGCAUAUGCUAUACCUAUGAGAUGGACAACUUUAAAAUGCCAUGGAAUUGUUUUUUCUGUAAAAACAUGGACUCUAGAAAUAGGUGGAAAACUAUUAACUAAUAAAUGUGGGUAUGUGUCGGGUGAACAUGGAGUUCUGUUGAGGACUAAACACCUAUAUGAGUUAUCAAACCCAUUUUUAACACCAACUUUCAUGUCUAUAUAUAUCCAGUUAUCUCUCAUAUACUUUAAAGUUGUGAUAUUAGAUGAUCUAUAUUUGUUACCUGCUAGUAAUGUUAAACCUGAUGCUCAGACUAUAUGGCAACAGAAACAGACUCAUUCCCAGAAAUUGAAGGCCUUGUAUUCAGAUCUUGGCAUAAAACUUGUUUUACAUGAGAAUAAAAGAGAAGAAUGGUAUGGGUGUCACAAAGAAUCAUUUCGAUGUUUUGAUACAGUCUACAACGAUAUGCCUGAGUUUCUAUAUACAGGACGAUGGACCCCACCCUGCUGUUUGAAAAAUUUAAGGGAAACUGCCAAACAUGUUUUUGCAAUUCUUGAUAAAUGUAAAGUACGCUAUUGGCUAGAAGGGGGCAGUUUAUUAGGUGCAGCACGUAUUGGUGACAUUAUUCCGUGGGAUUAUGACAUAGACAUAGGUAUUUACCAGGAGGAUAUAUUCAAGUGUGAUCAACUAAGAAAAGUUGUGAAAGAAGGAUUUAUUGAUGAUGAAGGCUACUCAUGGGAGAAAGCCAUUGAAGGCGACUUUUACAGAGUACAGUUUAGUGACACUAAUCAUUUACAUGUUGAUAUAUUUCCUUUUUAUCCUAAAAAUGGAAUAAUGACUAAGAAUACCUGGUUUAAAUCCCAUAGACAGGAUACAGAAUUUCCAGAAAGAUAUCUUAAACCAUUGAGUAAGAUUAAAUUUGCUGGUUUGAGUGUGUCAGCACCAAAUCAUGUGAGAGACUUUUUAGAAUAUAAAUUUGGAAAAGGAGUCAUUGAAAGUCCAAAAUAUCCAAAUACAGAGAUUGCUGGUUGAUUCAGUCUCAUAAGUUAUAUCAAUGAAUUUUUUUUUUGUAAAAUGUUUAUAUUUAUUUUGAAUAUGGAGAUGAAUGAAACAAAUUACAUAGGAUCUCUUAUGAGUUGGCAUAAUCAUUGUAUAAUUUCUUAAAAUGGUAUAAAGAAAUAAAUACAAAGUGAACUUCUUGUAAGCUUUAACAUUUUCUUGAAGGAGUUAAAUGAAAAUUUUUAUUUCACAUCUCAUGAAAUAUAACCAAUGCACUUUCAGCAUUUGCACCAUGUAAUAUUCAAAUAGAAAUCAUUAGAUCCAAUCUAAUCAGUUUAGCCUCAUUUUCAUUUCCAGAGUCCAAAAAGUCCAUAUCUAAUCCACAUCACACCCCAUAUAGCCUUGUUUUCAUUUCCAGAGUCCAAAUGGUUUGUAUCAAAUUCAUAUUGCAGUCCAUCUUUUGAUUUCGUUUCCAAUUUUUGAGAGUCAGAAAUCCAUAUUCUAACAUGCUUCAUAGUAGUCCUCUAUCAAACAGAUAGGGAAAUCAAGUUCAUUAUUAUACGAUAUAUACCUGUAGGAUGAUGAUUCUGGGCUCUGAUGGAAGGGCCAAGCCCUUUUUAAGCCCCUCUUCUUUUGACAAUCUUUCACUACUUCUUCUUAUUGCUCUCACCACUUCUAUGUUUAAUUAUAUAUACUUAUAUCUAUUUCUGUUCACUCUGCUGUAUAAUUUUAACAGCAUAAUUUUUCAAUAAUAACAUUUUAAACUUUAUAUGGAGUGUCUCCGGUCCAGUGUUGGUCUAGUUUUAUUUUAAAUUCAUGAACACUUUUUGAGUCUACUACAUUUUUUGGCAAAUUAUUCCAUGUCUUAAUUACACGUCUGGAAAACUGAUGUAGGCAAUGAGUUGUUCUACUACGAGGCAUUUCUAGUUUUAAAUUAUGUCCCCUUGUUGAUGCCGAAUAACUAAAAAAAAUUUCAAACACACAGUCAUCUAAGCCUUUUACUAUUUUGAACGUCUGAAUCAUGUCCCCUCUUAAUCUGCGAUGUAUUAGACUUGGCAGUUUAAGCUUUUUAAGACGGUCAAUAUAUGUCAGAUCUUUUAAUGAUGAAAUUAGUUUUGUUGCUCUUUGUUGAAGUCUUUCUAGACUUGAUAUAUCUUUUAUUAAAUAUGGAUUCCACACAACAUUUGCAAAUUCAACAUGAGGACGAAUCAAAGCUGUAUACAAUUUCACAAAGGUGUAUUCAUCUAAAAAUUCAAAAGACCGGUUAAUAAGGCCUAAAAUACUAUUUGCCUUAUUAAUCUUAGUAGAAAUAUGUUUGCUAAAUUUAAGAUCUUUUUCAAAAAUAACUCCUAGAUCACAUUCUUCUUGAGUAUCCGAUAAAGUCUUGUUAUUCAUAACAUACUGUUUUUGAAGAUUUGCAUGACCAUAAUGCAUCACCUUACAUUUAUCAACAUUAAAGUUCAUUUCCCAUUUUACUGCCCAGUUCAUAAUUGAGUCAAUAUCAUUUUGGAGGACAUCCGACUUGCUAGUUGGUGUAUACAAUUUUGUAUCAUCAGCAAAUAUUUUAAUGCUUGAUUUGACAUUAUCUGUGAUAUCAUUCACAUACACAAUAAAAAGUACCGGCCCCAUGCAACACACUACCUUGCGGCACUCCACUAUCCACUGCUUUCCACAAUGAUGUACUACCUUUAAUUGAUAUAUGCACAGCAAAAUAACAAAGAAUACUAAUAUGUCAUAUUAUGUCACAUAUGAUGUCAAUAAACCAAAUGAUGUCCGGAAAAUUACUUUUAUUCUAAAUAUAUUCAACAUAUUUUUAUUGAUUCUCUUUUUUAAUUAGCAUGUUAGAAUGGAAAUAGAUAUUAAUUAUUUAUUGCAUUAUAGUAUAAUAUAGCAGAGUUUAUGGUUCAAAUGCUUUGUUAUCAAUCACUCGGGCCCAUCAGCCAUCAUGAUUAUAUACCUACGCAUUUAAACUUGACCCGUGCAUAGUUGUAAAGUAAUGUACUCAAAAUUGAUGCUUUUUCCCCAAUUGAAUCCUUAUUGUAACAGAAGUAAUGAAGUUCUGUUAAAAUGUCAAAAACUGGUGGUGUGAAAUAAAGAGGUCAUUAAUCAUGGUUGAGGACAAUACUGGUUCUAUUAAACUUUUACACAGCUUCAAAAUCUGUAUCAGACUUGGCUUAAGCACCUUAUCAAAUGUAGGUUUGAGAGCUGUGUUCUGUACUCCACAAAUUAAAUUCAUUAUUGUUCUGAAGAAUGUUUAAUAAUAACUUCAUAUCAUUACUUCACUUUGACUCUAAUUUUCAGGUGUAGAUAUUUAUUAUAAGUAUAGGUAUAGGUUAUAAUUAAUUUUCGAGUGAAGAAGUGAAACGAGAAAACAAGUUUCUUAAAACUCUGUAUAUAACCUAUAUAACUGAUUUACAUUUAGCCCUGCCCAUUCAAAUCAAAUGAAUUAUGUAAAUAGGCAGAGUCCAUUAACUCGGUUCAUUUAAUGUAUAAAUUUAAUACACACAGUUGAGUUACAGCACUGAAUGGUAAAUAUUUUGAUACAAUUUAAACAUAAUAGAGCGACUUCAUUGGCAGACAAACUUUGGCAAACUGUAAAUUAAUUAUGCUAGUUCAAUACUGUUCUUUAUGUCAAUUGAUAUGUCAGCUGUAAAGCUUUUGAUAUUUAUAAAAGACCAUUCUGCAUAGUUUUUAUUGUCAUUGUUUUUCUGUUAAAGUGUUAAAUUUCAUGUAAGACCAAGAUUUUCUAAUGUUUCACACUGUUGCUAUAAAAUGUCAUCUACCACCUUGCCUGUAUAAAAUAUGCACAUGUACCUGCAACCUGUGUAAAAUUGAUAUAUUUAUCUGAGGUACAAAUGUAUAUUUUCAUAAGUGAUAUAGCUGUUGUACACUAGUGAAAUAUAAUUUCAUAUGGCAUUUUUUCUAUCUAAGCUUUUUUAAAGUUUACAUUCAUAUUUAUAUAUUUUUAUUGCAUAAUCUCAUAUGCUUCCCUUCAUGAUGACAUAAUAUUCAUUACAUACUUUAAAUACAAUUCUAUGUGGUUUGAAGAUAUGCAUACAUUUCUACAUGAAGUGCACAAAUAUUUAUGUAUCUGAAGUAUUUAUGUAAAGUAUAUUUCUGCUACAUUUUAUGCUCCCCAAAGGGAGAGCAUAAAAAGAGGUGCCACUUUGUCCAUCUGUCUGUCCUCUUUUCUUGUCUGGGACAUAACUCUGAAACUACAAGAGAUAUCGGCAAGAAACUACUUGUCUGUGUCUAAAUCCUAUUGGGGAACAUCACAGGGUUCAACCGGAUCACCAGGUUCAACCGCCUCUUGGUUUUAUUUUAUGACAUGCAGUUAUACAAAUGCUUUUCUUUCAGUAUUCAAAUAUAGUUUGGUGAUUGGUUAGAGUGAAAUUAUAUUAUAAUAAUUUCACAGUGAAAUUAUCCAAAUAUAUAAUUUGCUGUUAUAUUUCAGUUAAUUACUGUUAUGUACUUAUAAAUAUACAGGUAUGUUAUAUAAAAGUGGGACUAAAAGUAUCUUUGUACUUUGUAAUCUUGUAUAUUUAUUUAUUUAUU